AUGGCGAUGACGUUUGUCGCCGAUAAUUCCGGUAUCGUUGUGGCCGAUAAAUUGGGCGAUGCCUACUAUUAUCCCUUUGAUCAAGAUGUAGCGAAGCAUCAAACUCCCAUUCUGGGACAUAUAUCGGUUUUGACGGAUGUGGUUGUUACCAGAGAUAAACGCUUUAUUCUCACCGCGGACCGUGACGAAAAGAUUCGUGUUUCUCAUUUUCCGUUGGCUGAUGAUAUUCAGGCUUUCUGUCUAGGACAUACGGAGUUCGUCAGCAAGAUAACCGUGCCUUGGCAGGAUCGCCCGAUUGUGAUUUCGGGAUCUGGGGACAGAUCCGUGCGCGCCUUCAACUUUCUUACGGGUGCGGAUCUGGGGAAUAUUUCUCUUUUGGAAGACUCUGAUACCACUCCUACUUAUGUGACGUCGUUGGAAUAUUCUAACGACCAUGAAGUAUUCUUUGUUUCUUUUUUUGGCAUGAACAGGAUAUUUGGGAUUCGUGUGGAUAUUGACACAGAAGCCUCCAGCGUCGCUUUUCGGAAGGCAGUGGACAUUCCUAUAACGCAUGGAAAUAAUCCGCUGCCAAUUCGCAGUUUGUGCAUAGUGGGAACCAUCUUGGUCGUAAUAUGCAAUGAUGCAGAAAUACCAUUGCGGAUAUAUCCAGAUGUUUUUGCUUUGAUCUCUUCGAACCAAGAAUCGGGUGAUGAUUUGAAAUCAGCAUGCACGGGGGUUACAGAAGAGCUUAAAUCACUGAUUCGGACAGCAGGAGACGAAAAACGACUAGACAGUGUGUUUUUUGACUCACUUGGACAGUUUUUUAAUGAGGCGCAAGCCGAACCGUUUGUUGAUGGUGACGAUGUUAGCAGUAAGAAAUUACGGACGACUGAAAGCGUAUAA